ACGCCAUUUCUGGAUUUCCGGUGCUUUUAAUACAAACGCAACUACUUCAGUCCUCUCAAGUUCUCAACCUCCCCCCCUUCCCAUAUUAACUUUUCUCUCACUUUCCCUCAUUUUCUCUCACUUUCUCUCCAUCCAACCAAAUUCGAAUUCGAACUCAAAAAGGGAUGAAACCCAUUUCGUAGCCAUCCCCAAAGAACAAAACCCAGCUCUGUUUUUCACCAUUGGAGUUGAAAAAUGAAGUCCCCAAAGCAGCGCAACAUGGUUUUCACCACUUUGUUGCUGAUAUAUAGUCUUGGCCUUUGCCUGAUUGAGAGUUCUGAUCUGGCUGCAGAUAGAGAGGCCUUGUUGGCUCUCAGAACAGCCGUUAAAGGCCGUACAAUGGAGUGGAACGUAACGGAGACCAACCCAUGUUCAUCAUGGCGUGGCGUUACAUGUGAGUCAGGCCGAGUCACUGAGUUGAGGCUUCCGGGUCGGGCACUCGUUGGGCGACUCCCUCCGGGUCUCGGCAACCUGACCCAACUUUCGACCCUCUCUCUACGCCUAAACGCGCUUUCAGGCCAAGUCCCAAAUGAUCUCGUCAACCUCGUCAACCUCAAAAAUCUCUACUUGCAAGGUAACUCAUUCUCGGGUCCGAUUCCAGAAUUUUUGUUCAAUAUGCAAAGCCUUAUGAGAUUGAACCUUGCUAAAAAUAAUUUCUCUGGGGAAAUUUCGUCGGGGUUUAAUAAGUUGACGAGUUUGGUAACUCUGCAUUUGGAAGAGAAUCAGCUUACUGGGUCAAUUCCUGAACUGGGUUUGGCCCUUGGACAAUUCAAUGUUUCGUUUAACCAGUUAAACGGGUCGAUCCCUUCAAAGUUUUUGGAUUUGCCCGGAAGCGGUUUCGUGGGAAAUUCGCUUUGUGGGAAGCCAUUGAAGGCCUGUAAUGGGACAGAGAAUACUGGGAAGAAGCACAAGUUGUCUGGUGGAGCAAUUGCAGGGAUUGUGAUUGGUUGUAUUUUUGGUCUCUUCGUUAUUAUUGCCAUUGUGAUCUUUUUGUGUAAGAGAAAUAAAAAUGGUGAAGAGGGUACAGAGUAUGUUGCUCCAGCGAAGGUUCGGGAAGUUGAAACCGCCAGUGGAAAGACAGGGGUGGAUAGUGAGAGUUUGAGUACUGAUUUCUCGGCUGCGUCCAAAGGGAAUGUGAAGAGUGGUGGUGGGAGUAAGAGUUUGGUGUUUUUCGGGGAUGCAGUGAAGGUGUUUGAUUUGGAGGAUUUGUUGAGGGCAUCGGCCGAGGUGCUUGGGAAGGGGACUUUCGGGACUACCUAUAAGGCGGCUUUGGAGUUGGGGGUGUCCAUGGCAGUGAAGAGGUUGAAGGAGGUGACUGUACCGGAGAAUGUAUUUAGGGAAAAGAUUGAAGAAAUUGGGGGAAUGGAUCAUGUGAAUUUGGUCCCACUGAGGGCUUACUAUUACAGCAGGGAUGAGAAGCUUCUUGUGUAUGAUUACAUGCCUAUGGGAAGCUUAUCUGCUCUUUUGCAUGGAAACAGAGGCGCUGGAAGGACUCCAUUGAAUUGGGAAACAAGGUCUGGCAUUGCUGUUGGAGCUGCUCGUGCAAUUACAUACCUACAUUCUCAUGGUCCUACGAUCUCACAUGGAAACAUUAAAUCUUCAAACAUUCUUCUCACUAGAUCCUUUGAAGCAUGUGUCUCUGAUUUUUGCCUUGCUCAUCUUGCAAGCCCAACCUCUACUCCCAACCGCAUUUCUGGUUAUCGUGCUCCAGAACUCACCGAUGCUAGCAAAGUAACCCAAAAAGCAGAUGUUUACAGCUUUGGUGUAUUGCUUUUGGAGCUGCUUACAGGAAAGGCUCCAACCCAAGCUAUCAUGAAUGAGGAAGGAGUAGACCUUCCAAGAUGGGUUCACUCUGUCGUCCAAGAGGAGUGGACUGUUGAGGUGUUUGACCUCGAGCUUCUCAGGUACCAGAAUGUUGAGGAGGAUAUGGUUCAACUUUUACAGAUUGCACUUGAAUGUACCGUUCAGUACCCUGAGAAUCGCCCUUUAAUGGGCGAGGUAACUAGCCGAAUUGAGGAGCUUUAUAGUGCCAGCUUAAAGCAUGGACAAGAUGCAAAUCCUGAUAUAUCUCGUGAUGUGGAUGAUGGGCUUUCUCAGCAGUAUUUCUCAGCUGACUCUCAUAUACGUCCAUAAGGAUUGAACAAAGAUCAACAUUCUUCCUGCAUUGCCCUUCUGGUCAGGGAUAAUUUAGUGCUUUCAUUAUUUGUUUAUUCUUGAGUUUCUCGUGAAAGAAAAAUUACCGGCAGGAUCAUGUAUUUUUCUCUUUUGGUUUUCAUGUUCAUACCUAUUUUCUUAAUAGCAAUCUUCUUUAAUUAGCCCCUGUAUUACUGUUUAUGCUGUAUGUGGAGGGGGAUAUCUGUAUUAUUAUUUAUAACAUGGUUGCCCGAAUUGCGAAUUCUGAGUUUGCCCUUGGUGAGAUGCUCACUCUCAUCCUCUGUCCCUCAUAGC